GAUAAAUACAAUUCAAAGCAUGGCAAAAGUUGGGCGAUCGAGCGCGUAUGCGUACGUCCUCCGGCGGUCCCUCGGGGAAGUGCCGCCUCGUGAGUACGUUGAAGACAUCUACGCCGAAGGGUCUCGGCAAUUGGGUGUCAACCAGAAGAAGGUGAUCCACAGACAAGGCAUGAACGUGUGGCACAUGGACUUGGACCCGGUGGAGCAUCAGUUCCUGCUCGUGGGGGCCGGGACCGGUGCCCUAUACAUAUUCGACGUGUCAGUCUUCGACACAGUUCCCCUUCCUGAGGAUUCCAGUUCGAUCAAGCCCAUGUGCAUGGUUAAGCCUUUGAAGCGCCCUCGCGACGUGCGAACGUUUGACGCCGCUUACACCCAGAACCUCCCUGGACACGCGGGCGGUAUCACUGCCGUACAAUGGUACCCAGUCGACAACGGCAUGUUCGUCACGGGGUCCCAAGACAAGACCGUGAAGCUUUGGGAUGCCAACGAAAUGGAAGUCGCGAGUGCGUUCUGUCUACACGACGUGGUGCAUGCUGCGUCGUUUUCUCCGUGCGGGACGUCCUUGCUUGCUGUCGGCACUGACCACGCCGACGUCCGUCUCUGCGACGUGGUUAUUGGCGCCAGCACCCACCGCCUCCUCGGCCAUCGCGCCGCCGUUCGAUGUGUCGCUUGGUCUCGGACUGAUGAAUUCCACUUGGCCACCGGUGCUGCCGACGGCACCAUCCGUCUCUGGGAUAUUCGACGGUCGGGGGCGUCUGCGUGCUUGAUGGUACUCAAUCAAGAUGGGCUACCCGAUAGUAGUAUUCCCCGCCAAGAGGCUACGGGGCCGGUGUCUAAACGACCUCGCCGACACGAGGACGAUCGCCGCAGCAGUAGAAGUGUCCAUUUCUCGAAUGCACAAGCCCAUACGUCGGCGGUUCAGUCGCUUCGGUUCACUCCAGAUGGUCGAUUUAUUGUCAGUUCUGGCCGAGAUAACUGCAUGCGGCUGUGGCAUGCCACGUCAGGCGUCCAUUUGUUUCACAACUAUGGCGUGAUUACAUGCAACGGACCUCGCCCUGUGACUGUCGGGCUCGCGCAAGAAGGCGGCAGCGACUCGACCGUGGUGUACCAUCCAUUCGGAACCAACGGCGCGGUGGUGUCACAGCUGUUGCACGGGUCAGACCCGUGCACCAAGCUCACGGCACACUACAGUCGAGUCACGAGCUGUAUAUACCGACCUACGACUAGGGAGCUGAUUACGGGUGGGGAAGAUGGACUAAUUAUGCUGUGGAGUCCCCCGAGUGUCCAGGUGGAUCGGACAUGUGCUGCUGGCAGAGACGGAGAGAGGGCCGAUGGUGAUGGCACAAUGUCCGACGGCGCCGCCGCGCAAGAUGAAGAUGCAUGGAGCGACGAAGAAGGAAGUGGAGAAGUGUUUGUGCCGCCCAUACUAUUGCAACAACACGCAGCAGGCGACAACAGUUACAACUCGGCUGUAGUUUGAAGUGGAGUACUAUUGAUAGUAUAAAUUAUCAUGGGAAAAAUGGAUUCUUAACAGGUUCUCGUGGACGA